AUGACUUUGUACCGAACCGAUGGUCAUGCGUGGGUGGUUUACAGACAGCCUGUGGAUGUUCUCCUGCAGCUGGAAUGUUCCAAGAUUAUAGCCAAUUGGUGCGAGUUCCUGACUCUCAUGGAACCAGCUUAUCUAGGUUACUCUCUAGCGCUGCCCUUGUUGCAUACAUCUGAAGAAGUUUACUUGAAGAGGAAGGUUGAGAUGGAGUUGGGGACAAAGAUGAUCCACUUGAAGAUGAGAUGCAGCGGUCUUGGUUCCGAAUGGGGAAAGGUUACUGUUCUUGGAACCUCUGGGCUCUCGGGUUCAUACGUGGAACAAAGAUCUGCCGAUGGGAAAGAGAACGAAGAGGAACCUUGUUGCAAAUAUUGCGUGUGUGUUCUUGGUCGCAAUACACAAAGGCCAGUAAAUAAAUUGAUGGUUUGUUUGUUCCAACUUCCAAGAGAGGCUUUGGGAUUGAAGAACUGGAUGAGGAUAACCAUUGGAGUGGAAGCUCAUAUGCUUGAGGAUGCACUUGAGAGACUAAAGGGUUUCUGUGCACGUCAUGUCAAGAAGACAGACAGAAACUGA